CUUGACCACCAGACAACUUUCCGCUCGUCAGAUUUUUGACACCGUUUAAUAGCACCUUCGAGCGCAAACCGCGGUUGCGGUAGAGAUAACUUUGGCACCUCCGGCCACUCACAAACACUUUCACGACCCACGAUAGUGACUCAAUAUGGGGGGUCUAUGACGGGCUGCGCCCAAGACAAUCCGUCCCCAAAAUAUCCACGGCCGUUGAACCGAGAGCCAUCUCCGACACGAGCCGUUACGUUCCUUCGCCCGCCACGCCACUGCCAUCGUCAUGCCUUCGGAGCAUCGGACGAACGAUCGACCCUCGUAUUAUACAAUGACGACCCCCGGGCCCGUGCCGGCGGUGAGCCCUCGGGGCCUUGCUCAGGCCCUCUCCGGUUCUCAGUCAUACAUGAACGCGAAGCCAGCGACUUCUCCUUUGUCCCCGCCGCGACUGCCAACCUCGGCCGGACAGCCAUACCCGCCGAAACUCUCUCCGGGAACCGCACGGGGAGUUACCCAGGAUGGCCGAGCCCCGAGCCCCAACUAUUUUGGAUUGGCCGUGGAUUCUAACGGUGGCCCGCGCGACUCGUGCUUGGUUCCGCGAGAACAUUGGAGCUCGCCAUCGUCUUUAGUAAAGUCAUUCGCUGCAGCGAUUCCCAAGCAGCUUCCUCUGGACGCGAACCCCGAAUUCGAAGCAUUCCGGAGACAGAUUGACGCGAACCAUGCGAGGGCCACAUUUAGCCUGUCAGCCUCCCACUUUGGUGCUUCGGCGGGCAGUUCGCAGACACCAUUGGCCUCAACCCCGCCCACCCUGCAGCGGCCACGCCCCUCGAAGUGGCACACCCAGGGGGGCGAUGGUUCGGAUAUUUCGAUUCUGCGACCGUCUCGUCUAGCCACCGCGUCGUUUGCCUCAGCGGAUGGUUCCGGUGACAAGCGUUCCAAGGAGCCUGAAAAUGUGCAACGAGAUUCCGCAUAUGUAUCUGCCGACUCCAAGCGGAGUUCCGCUGUUUCGCUGAACCGGCCUUCACUUCCCACCAUGGACAGCCGCGACUUCUCGCCGCCGACAGCCCAGUCACCCGUUGCCUCUCCCAACCGGGUGGCGAUCAGCUCUAAUAUUUCCAGCGCGAUGGGUCGGCUAUCACCGCAGCCGGUAGCCAGCAGCAGGGCGAACUCGGAGAGACCGAGUCCGCUCACAAAGACUGAAUCGACUAUUACACCCCAGACACCAGGAAAUGGCGGACCCUCUAUGAUAACCCCCGCACAACUGAGGGACCUCUUGGAAGAAGAGGGUGACGAGCAGAUUCUCUUAUUAGAUCUCAGAGUCUCGGCCCAAUUUGCGCAGUCGAGGGUGCGUGGCGCCUUGAACCUGUGCAUUCCCACGACCUUGUUGAAGAGGGCGACGUUCAAUUUGCAGAAGUUGCAGCAAACAUUUCAAGGGGAUCACAACCAAGAGAAAUUCUCCAGGUGGCGCGAUGCGAGACAUCUCGUCGUAUACGAUGCUGCCUCGUUCGACCAGCGGGAUGCCUCUUCGGCUGUGCACAUGAUUAAGAAAUUCACUAAUGAGGGCUACUCGGGCCCUGCCAGCAUCCUGCGCGGAGGAUUCAACGCGUUCGCAGCAGCAUACCCAGGUCUUAUCGACCGCUCUUCGGGCGGUCCGUCUCCUGGCCUGUCGCUCGGAGGUGGGCUAGCAUCGGGUAGUUCACGGGCCAAUCUACCAUCGGUGAUUGGCGGAGUACUUCUGCCUAACACGAAUGAGAUUGCGAACCCCUUCUUCAAUAAUAUUCGCCAGAACCAGGAUUUAGUGGAUGGCGUUGGGCAAAUGGACGUAAAUGUGCCGUCGGGCCUCGCUCCAGCCAGCCUUCCACGGUGGCUCCGCGAGGCGGCCGAAUCUGAGGAUCAUGGGAAGAGGGUAUCGGACAAGUUCCUGCACAUUGAACGCACAGAACAGUUGCGCAUGCGCGAAGCGUAUUCUGUGGCCAAGCCCGCGGAUGCUCGAGAAGGAUCCGAGACCAAAAAUACCAAGGUGCAAUUGUCGGGCAUUGAAAAAGGGGGAAAGAACAGGUACAAGGAUAUUCUGCCGUUCGAACAUGCUAGGGUGAAGCUCUUGGGCCGCCCGGAAGGCGCCUGUGACUACGUGAAUGCGAGCCACCUGCAAGCCAAGCGGAGCUACAAGCGCUACAUCGCCAGCCAAGGUCCCCUCCCGGCUACCUUUGAGGUGAGCAUCCGCAACCUUCCCACUCCAGGCAUUGGCGCUUUCCCUAGUGAGCGGCCGCUAAUUUCGUCCCGUAGGACUUUUGGUCUGUAGUCUGGGACAAUGAUGUGCGGGUCAUCGUCAUGUUGACGGCCGAGUCAGAAGGUGGGCAGUUGAAAUGCCAUCCUUACUGGAAAGGUAAUGACUU